GAUCAAUGAAGUUGAGUCGAUUUUUGGGAGGCAACGAGAAAUCCAACUGCGCAUGCGCUUCGCCUCCGCCUUGCCGUAGAAAGCGAAGGCAUUGCAAGACGCAAGAUGUCAUCUGCAAAACUGGUGUCGCUGUGCGUAGCCGCUCCGGGGCUCCUGGCGACCGCUGCCGCCUGCGAGGGCCCAAAAAUGAGCCCGCAGCCGCCCUUGAGCAUCGACGAGCUGCCUUCUCUGUACAGCAGACCUGAGGAGGAUCGGCGCCACGUGGCUCCGACGUCGGCGGCGGCGGACGCGUUGGAGCGCGGCGUGGCGUCGCUGAGGAAAUGGGCGGAGCCAUACCUAGACCGAUGUCAGCAAACAGGAAGGACAGCGGCGGACAAAGUCGAGACACGCAACACUUUUGGGCGAGUACCUCCGAGUGAACGACGGCUGCGCGUGCUUGUGUGCCCGCAGGAAGUGUACAGGACGGCGGAGCCCGCCAUCUCCGCCUCCGGCGGCGCAGUCAGAGACGCGUACCAGUUGUUGAGCGCGCCGCCCCCCGACCUGUACCCGAGCGCGGCGGCGGUGGGAUUCUCGGUCUUGCUGGGACUCUACUUGGCGCGAGGGUCGAAGGUGAAGCGCGUGGCGUUCCCGAUGGGCCUGGCGGCGCUCAGCGCCUCCGCCUUCUACCCUCAGCAGGCCGCUUCGCUCUUCAAGGCAGGUCAAGACCUGACGUGCGUGUGGGUUCAGCGCAGCCGCGUCGCCGUGGAGACGCUCUGGGAGGAUCCCCCGUUCGGCAAAAAGAAGAAGACGGAGCGGCGGCACGUCCGGCUGAACCCAGAAAAGUCGCGCGGCAAAUUGCGACCACCUGGAGGAUUAUUAGAUGAAAUUGUUUUUAUUUGCAUUUGUUGUGCACCGCCAACGUUUUGACUUUUCACCAACCAACUUGUUAGCGUGUUUGCAAAGACGCUUUAUUCGCAUUUAUUCAGUUAAUGCAUUUGAAUUGGCCCACGUCAACACGAGCGUCCCAAUAAAUUGAUCUUGAAUGUGA